AUUCUGUCAUUCAUUCAUUAUUUUCGGAUUAAUCAAUGAGCCGAACGGUGUGAGACACAGAACUGUCCCCCCAGGGCAGACAAUGAUCACAACCUCUCGCAUGCACAUGUAAUUUGCUCUCCCAAAUACAGGUUACCGGCAGCAGCAGCAGCAAGUGUUGUGCAGAGAGCUCUUGUUUUGACCAAAACUGAUUUAAGGGUGGUUCGAGUACCCAACCUGACGCAUGGGCAAACAACCACUUGGUGUACGAAUCUUGGUGCACUUGGCGGCCCAGAAAUCACUUGCACGUUCACACACACAUACUUACACAGGUUACUCUCUGCCACAGAGUAGAUCGUGGUGGUGGUUUAAUGGCUGGCUGGCUGUUGAUUAUGGUACAUAAAGGAUCGUUUAGCUUACGGGCAACAUCAUUUACAAUUCAGCUACCGUACAGCAAACACUUGCCAAUAUUUUUUGUCGUGUUUUAUUUUUUUUUGGAUUUUCGUUUCAUCCAUCCAUCCAUUGUUCGUCGUUAUUCGUGAUCGCUCAAAAAAAAAAGCAUGGCUGUUGAUGGACAGAAAUUUAUGACCAAAACCCAACAUUAUCGCAAAGUGACAAAACCGUUGCUGGAAAGAAAACGUCGCGCCCGCAUGAAUCUCUAUUUGGAGGAGCUCAAGGAAUUAAUUGUGGAUACCAUGGAGGAGCAGGGAGAACAUGUGAAUAAAUUGGAAAAGGCCGAUAUCCUGGAGAUGACAGUAUCCUAUUUGCGCAAUCAACAAAAGGAGGCCAGGCAACCUUUGUUGUACUCCAGUAACCACAACAACGGUGGAUCGAAGAAGACCCUCAAUGUGGAAAAGUUUCGUGAAGGAUACACCCAGGCGGCCUAUGAGGUGUCUAAGAUUUUCUCUACGGUGCCGGGUAUUGAUCGGGAUUUUGGCACCCGGCUCAUGAAACAUUUGGGUUAUCAACUCAAGGAUUUGAAACAGCAACUAUUUGCCAGCAACAUGAACCAGUCGCUCUUGGCCGAUAUGGAACAGCAACAGCAGCAAUUGCAGCAACAUCAGGCAGCUCUCAAGGAAGAGGAUGUUUGGCGUCCUUGGUGAAAACAA